AUGGAUGAUAAACAUAUUUAUAAUGGGAAUAUAAGUAGGGAGAAAUUAACAUUUGAGGAGUGUAUCUUCAUUGCUGAAGAGAAAUGUAUAGUUGAUAUAAUUCCAACUAUAAAUAUGACUAAGAAAUUGAUAUUUACGGUUGAAAUUGGGCCUUUUGUACCAUUUCAAAAGUGUAAAGUUCCAUUGUGGAUUGCUAAAUACCUAGAUUUAAGAGAUUGGUGUCAUGUAGUACCUCCUAUAUGGCUUACAGUAGAUGGAUUAAAGAACCUAUUAGAAACAGAGGAAAAGCUAGGUAGAUAUGCGUUUGGUGAUAUUAAUUUUCACUUUUAUGAGAUAGCUCAUAUUUUCUUUUCCUUAAAGAAUGAUCCUUUCAAUGGAAAAAGAAAUAAAAUAAGAAAAUACUUUGAGGACUUAACUAAUAGACGUCAAGCUAAAUUAAAGGCUAUAUUCAAGAAAUUAAUAUUACCCAAGAUAUAUGAUGUAACAAAUAUUGCAUUGUCUGAGAUGCAAUUAGGAUCUCAGCUAUGUUUUCAUAUAUUCAAUGAUCUCGAGAAUUUAUGGCUGAAUAAUGAAAUUAAUAAUCAGAAUGAGUCACAGGAUAUAUCACAAGAGUAG